CUGUCCGUUGGUUCGGAACGCUGAUGCGCGCAACACACCAUAAGGCAAGCAAGCAACAAGGCACCUUCUCGCGUCGCCCCAGCGCCUCCCAUGACUCGCUCCGCUCGACCCCACAACCACGCGCCUGCUUCCCCCCAAGGCCUUCAAUCUAUCUCCAACAAAUGCAUGACAUGCAUAAGGUGGCACGGUGUGGAUGCACAAGGUCGGAAUCUCCCGACUCCCCGCACCGCAGAGUGGCACGAAGAACAGGGUGCCUCUGUUCCACACAACAGCCACCCUCGACCGCCCGUGGCUCUUCCCCACCUUCGCUGCUGAUCCGGCUAUGACAACGCAUCUGACCCAGCAUGCACAGACCACCCUUGUUCAUCUACAAGACGGGACGGGGCGCGGAAUAGAGCGGAUGGCAGUUUGUGCGGGCAAGUGGAGCCCUUCCACCUGUAGACCUGUACUCCAACCACCAAACCAGCCAUCGUCAGAUCGUCCGCUGAUCGAACAGCAACAACAGCAAUGCACAUCAACGCCAAGGUUCAUUCUUCGCCGCUCCGCAGCUCCCCUUCGUUCCCGUGCGUAGCUGAUAACCACCAUCCAACCACCCAUCCACUCCGCUCGAGGACAAGCCCACCCACCAGCCAAGCGUCGGCGCUGCAGCUCGCUUCAUCCUCCUCCCGACUAAUCUAUCAACGCCCUAGGUCGCCGAGCAGCACGCCUGCAGCUGCAAACUGGGUCGAGGCACAGGGAAAGGCAAUUCCCUGUAUUUGCCGUUGACACCUGCACAUGACUUGAAGCAGCACGCACAAGCGCUGUCUCCGCCACGCCCUGCGUGUUGAAACGGGUAGACGGUUCAUCCUGAACCAUGAACAAGCCACCAACAACAACCACAACAACUACUACAACACCAACAGCAACACCAACAACAACAAAUACAACAACACCACCACCACCACCAACUACAGCAGCAACAGCAACAGCAGCAUCGUUGUCAUCGUCCUCUGCUGCACCUUGGAGGAGGCAAUCGAGUGAAAACAAGCAUGAAACCGCCGUCCCAAGCGCGGUUGGUGCGCUUGCCCG